AUGAAACCAACUAGACAGAUUAUUGAAGACGCAUCGAUAAAAAAAUGCGAAUCUUUUAUGAAAAAUUAUGUGACUUGCCGUAUUUGUGCAGGCUAUGAUGAAAAGUUUUUCAGCCUUAAUUCAUAUGAAGACGAGAUAAACCUUGGUGAUAUGCUGACAUCUAUAGCCUCUGUCGAUAUACCAGUCGAAGAAGCAAUUUUGUUUAAUGUCUGCACUGAAUGUUGUAACAACAUUAUUUUUUGUUAUAAGUUUAAGAUGAAAUGUCAGAAGUCUUUAAUCCUGCUUGGAGACAUAACUAAUAAAGAGACAAAUGCGGUUGAAGUCGAGAAUAACAGUGUAUUAGAAGAGAAAAAGGAGAUUGAUUCAAAAACAAUACUUAUGGAAAAUAAUGGACUAAAAGUGCAUAAUAUAUUAAAUAUGAAUGCUGAAGUAUUAUAUGGCAUAGAGUUCUUAGAUGAUAAUGUUUUUGAAGAUGAGAAAUGUCCCAAAAGUGUUGUCAAAAAUAGAUCAAAAAUCCAAAAAACAGUGAAGACGAAAAAGCAACAUAUUCAGGACAGAGUUUCAAAAAAGUUUCAUUCUUGUAAAGUUUGUGACAAGAAAUUUAUCAGCGCGAUUAAUUUAAAAUCACAUAUGAAAAUACACAGUUCAGAAGACAGAAAUUUAAUAGGUUGCAAACAAUGCAACGAAAAGUUUUCCUCUGAGCAUGAUUUGAGAGUUCAUUCUGCUCUGCAUAUCACAGCCAAUGAUAAAUGGAGAUGCUAUGCAUGCUCAAAAGAAUUUUUUGAUCGCGUAAGUUUUCGUCGUCAUAUACGUCGUCACUAUAAGACGAAACAGUUUGCGUGUGAAUGGUGUGAAAAACAGUUUGCGGAGCUCUGUGCAUUACGGAGACACGAACGCGUGCACACCGGCGAAUUAAGAGAAACACCAUAUGAGUGCAACUUGUGUGAUAAAAGGUAUUCAAAUAACUACCUCCUGAAAGCGCACAUGAUGCGACAUACAGGCUUGCGGCCAUGUACGUGUGAUGUCUGUGGCAAAAGUUUUCCCUCAAUGCGUCUACUCAACUCCCAUAAACUAACUCACUCCGAUCACAAACCAUACGCGUGUCCGGUAUGCGAUAAAAGAUUCCGUCACGAGUCGACCCGUAAAUCUCACGUACUCACGCACACAGGGGAAAAGCCGUACGUUUGUUCCGUGUGUGGGAAAACAUUUCGUCAGAACUCUAAUUUCACUGUACACAUGCGGUCACAUACUGGUGAAAAACCGUACUCCUGCGAGAUGUGCCCACGACAUUUCAAAUCAACAUCAUCUCUAAGCUCGCACAUGAGCAGUCACUCGAAGGAGAAACAUUUCGCGUGCACUGUUUGUGGGAAGAAGUUUCUACGUCAAUCUUUAUCAAACCACAUGCGCUUGCACACGGGAGAGCGAUCCCACGCGUGUCCAGCAUGCCCUAAACGAUUCCUUAGUGCUUCACGUUUAAAGGACCACUCCAAGAUACAUACAGAUGAAAAACCCUUUGUAUGCAAUAUUUGUGGAUCUCUGUUUAAAAAGAAAGUAUCAUUGACAAAUCAUCUAAAAAAACAUGACAGCAAAAACAAUGAAAAGGUUAGGAAAUCUGUGAAAGCAAAAAUGUUAGAAACGGCUGUAGAUAUAAGUGAAGACAUGAACUUGCAAAUAACAGAGGUACCUUUGGAAGUGUCAGAAGAACUUGUUCUACAAGAGGACAGUAAUGGGAAAACUGAAUUAAUUGUUAUAAAAGAAGAGUAUGCGCCUCAACUUCUAGAUGGACAACUGAUAAACUGUAUCACAUUGAUCCAGACUUAG